UCGGCGGGCUGGGACGCUCCUGGGACGCGCGGUGCUCGCCAUCGCCCUCUCCACGGCGGCGCCUGGCGAAACCGCAGUUGCUCGAGGUGGGAGAGUUUCUGCAAUUAUGACCCAACUUAAAGGCACAUCCUGGUUACCUGUGCAUCCUGAUUGGUUCCCAGUCUUCUCUUCACAUGACUUCCACAGAUGUUCCCAAGGGCUGUGACUCCCAGGUUGUGGCGGUGUUGCGCCCUGGUUCCUGACACACAUCCCUGAGGUGGGUCCACCUUCCUACAAGAAGAAAAGUUUGGUGGCGAAUUAUCCAGCAACAACAGGAGUUGCAUCCGUUCCUAACAUAACAUUUAAAAGCCAUGGCCUCGGAGGAAAUUAAACUAACAAAGACUGCCCACAGCGAGGCUCUGAGCGCUCAAGUUGCAGACAAGAAGAAGGGAGGCAAAUUUCAGCCUUUUAAGAAGUUGUUUGGCAAAAAGAAAAAGAAAGGCACUCUGUUGUCUCGGGAGGAAUCGGCUGGGAGGCAGAGUCACACGGCCCAGAGUGCAGGCAAUGGGACCUUCUCUUCGGAUGAGGAAACCCUGGAGAACAAUCUGAGGUCCUUCAACUAUCCCAUGGGAGCACGGGCGUUCUCCCAUGACAGUAUUUUUAUCCCUGAUGGGGGAGCAGAAAGUGAGCAGACAGUUCAAGCAAUGUCACAGGACAACAUCCUGGGCAAAGUCAAAACUCUUCAGCGACAGUUGGGCAAGAAUAUCAAGUUUGGGCAGCGGCCAUCUAAUGCCAUUCCCAUGAAGAAGGCAGGCAGUGCUAGCUCAGAGGAGGACCUCGUUGUCACCAGCCCCAUGGAGAUUGUGACUCUGCAGGAUAGCGUCCUCUCAGACACCGAGAACAAAUCCAGUGAUACACCAAGUUCCUCAAGUCCUCUGAAUCUACCUGAAGCCGGAAGUGACAUGGAAGAGAAGGUUGUUCCAGUUAAACCCUCUCGGCCAAAAAGGCUCCUGCCUUCUGCCGGCACCAUUGAAAGCGUCAACCUCGACGCCAUCCCCCUGGCUAUCGCUCGUCUGGACAACAGUGCUGCCAAGCACAAACUCUCCGUGAAGCCAAAAAACCAGAGGGUGUCAAGGAAGCACAGGUGGCUUGCCCAGGACCGACAGAAUGAACCCGGCAGCUUUGAGAGGCAGUCCUCCCUGGACCAGAACGGGCAGCUAGGAGAAGACAAGCACAUUUGGCACGGAGAGGAAGCGGAACCUUUGGAGUCGCACGAAGAGAAAAGACUGCAGGAAGAGUAUUGGCGGGAACUUGAAGCCAAGUGCAAAAGGCAAAAAGCCGAAGCCGCUGAGAAGAGGCGCCAGGAAGAGCAGAGGCGGCAGGCGCUGGAGAGGAGGCUUUGGGAGGAGAGCCUCCGACAGGAGCUGCUGGAGGAGGAGGAAGAGGAGGAGGGCGAGGGGCUGGCCGUGCAGCUACAGGCAGGGAAGGCUGCAACAGAGGAAGGGUGGCAGUCUGGUGCAGAGGAACAGCUCUGUGCAGAUCAAGAGCUGGGGGAAGCCGACGACCCCGCCCGCCUGGAGGCAGAAGAGCGCAGGCGUGAGCAGGAAGAGGCCGAGAGGCAGGCGGAGAAACUGAGGCAGCGCGAAGCCGAGGGGCAAGAGGAGGAAGUAAAGCAGCGCGAGGCCGAGGGGCAGGCAGAGAAACUGAGGCAGCUCGAGGCCGAAAGGGAGGAGGAGGAACUGAAACAGCGCGAGGCCGAGAAGGAAGAGGAGAAACUGAGGCAGCGCGAGGCCGAGAGGCAAGAGGAGACACUGAGGCAGCGCGAGGCCGAGAGGCAGGAGGAGGAACUGAGGCAGCAGGAAGCUAAAGGGCAAGAAGAAGAAGAAAGGCAACGCGAGGAGGCUGAGAGGCAGCGCGCCCAGGAGGAAGAGGCCAAGAGGAUGCUGCAGAAGGAGGAGGAGGAGGUCAUGGAGGAGGAGGAGGAGGAGGAGGCCAAGCACAUAGAAGAGCUGAAAGGUCGGGGAAGGGAGGCACCAGAGCCGCCGGUGGAGGAAGGUCCGCAGAGUCCGGAAGGAGAGAGCCAGCCUUGGCUAACGGGCGACGCUGACCAGCAAAGCCCGCUGCAGCGGGACCUUGAGCAGCCAGGGGACCGGGAAGACCUGGAAUCCGCAGGGCAAAGCGAGGUCGCGGAGGAGCCGAGAGGAGGGGUAGAGCCGGCCAGGGCCAGCGAGCCAGCAGAGCCGAGCGGAGACUUGGGCGCGCGGUGCGGUGGUGUAGAUGUGGAAGGGGAAGAAGCCUCUCAGAUAGACAAUCCCCAGCCGCAAGAGAGACAGACGGAAGGAACACCGGCCCUGGAGGAGAAGGAAGCUACCGCUGCAGACAUCGACCGAAAGGUGGAGGAGCUCCGGUGGCAGGAGGUGGACGAGCGGCAGACCAUGCCCCGGCCCUACACGUUCCAGGUUUCCUCCGGGAGCAGGCAGAUUCUCUUCCCCAAAGUCAACCUGAGCCCGGUGACACCCGCCAAAGACGCGAGCCUGGCCCCGGCGACCCAGGAAGCGCCCAUGCCCCGCGGGGCCGCCCCGCACGCCCUGCCCUCGGCGCUGAGCAUCCCACACACGGCCAUCCUGGUCACCGGAGCGCAGCUCUGCGGCCCGGCGGUCAACCUGAGCCAGAUCAAGGACACGGCGUGCAAGUCCCUCCUGGGCCUGUCAGAAGAAAAGCGCCCGGUGGACGUCCCCACGGCGGAGCCCAGGGCCGGCGGCGGCAAGUCCAGGCCUGCCCCCGAGUCACCGAGCAAUGCGGCAGCGCUAGCCGAGUGGGCUUCCAUUCGAUCCAGAAUCCUGAAGAACUCGGAGGGCGACCAGCGUGGCGACAGAGAGGCGGCUAGAGCCGGGGACGAGCCAGCGCCCCGAGCGAGGUGCGAUUCCCGAGGGAACGUGCGCAGGACGCCGCCAGUCAACGCCAAGUUCUCCAUCAUGCCGGCCUGGCAGAAAUUCUCGGACAGCGGCGCAGAGACCUUCAAACAGAGCCUGGAUGGUGAGAUCCUAAGGAAAAAGCCAGGGCCAGCGCCCAGCGAAGAAACGCCACCCCAGCCUCUGCCUGCAGCGGCUCAGCCAGAGGCAAGCCAGGAACCACAAGACACCACGGACGGAUGCAAAUUUGCCAAAGACCUUCCAUCUUUCCUCGUGCCAGGCCUGCCUUCUCCGCAGAAAGCUGCGUCCCGCACAGAGUCCAUGACCACUUUGGACAGCGAGCUCACGAGUGACGUAGGAAACCCCGACCCUGCGAUGCCAGGAGGCGAGGAAAAGGCCUCACCCUUUGGAAUAAAAUUGAGAAGGACCAACUACUCCUUGCGCUUCCACAGUGACCAACAGGCCGAGCAGAAGAAAAAAAAGAGGCACAGCAGCACAGGAGACAGUGUGGAUGGGGCCACCCUUGCAACUGGGAGCACCCCUGGAGAGAGGGAGCCUGAAGUCAUGAUCCUCAAGCACGGCCCAUCCCUUCCCCAGGAGAGAAAGCCGGCCCUAGCCCCUCGGAAGGACUCUGCUGAAAGCCAUUCUAGCGCUCACCAUGUUGCCGUAGGCCAGCCUGGGCUACCACCGGCCGGUGGCCAGACCCCAGCUCCAGAGCAAGACAAGGCAGCAAGCAAAAUGCCACCCAUGCAGAAGCCAGCCCUGGCCCCCAAGCCUGCCAGCCAGACCCCACCGUCGUCCCCUCUCUCCAAACUGAGCAGACCCCACAUAGUGGAGCUGCUCGCUAGGCGAGCUGGGAAGCCCGACUCUGAGCCCAGUGAGACUGCUAAGGAGAACCAGGAGGGCAGUGAUAACCAGACGCCCUCGCCAGCGCCAGCACUGCCGGAGGAGCCGAAGCUGCCGCCGAAGAGGGAUGAGAAAGAUGUGUCAGAAAAGAAGCCGGCGUCCCCGCCUCUGCCUGCCAGCCAGCAAGACAGACCGUCCCUAACUCCUGAAACAGGUAGAAAAGAGAAGCCGGUGCUUCAGAGCAGGCACUCUCUAGAUGGCUCCAAGCUGACAGAGAAAGUCGAGACCGCUCAGCCCCUGUGGAUAACGUUGGCAUUGCAGAAGCAAAAGGGAUUCCGUGAGCAGCAGGCCACCCGGGAGGAGAGGAAGCAGGCGCGGGAGGCCAAGCAGGCAGAAAAGCUCUCCAAAGAAGCCGUCAGUGUCAGCCUACAGCCUGGAAGCAGUCGGGUAAGCAAAGCUGGCUCCGUACCCAAGCCCGCUACUGCUCCAUCUGACGAGAAAAAGCCGGAAACGGCCGUGUCCAGGCUCCAGCGCAGAGAACAGCUGAAAAAGUCCAACACUCUUCCCACGUCUGUGACAGUGGAGAUCUCAGACUCUGCACCCUCAGCACCACUGGUAAAAGAGGUCACCAAGAGGUUCUCCACCCCGGACGCUGCCCCCGUGUCCACAGAACCUGCCUGGCUGGCUUUGGCCAAAAGAAAAGCAAAAGCCUGGAGCGACUGUCCACAAAUUAUUAAGUAAACAGUGACUUUUAUCCAUUUCCGUGGCCAGUCGUUGGCUCUUCUCGUGCCCUUUUUAUUUAUUUAUUUUUUAUAUGAGGUAACGAAACCAGGCUAGGGGCAAGCAGCAUGCUUUCUAGGCUCUAAAAUAAUGUUGAGAAACGGAACUGGCGGUGUUCGUUUGUAACGAGUGUAUUUGCACAACCCUGGGUCCUGGUGCCUUGAGCUCCCCCUUGUUCUCAAGAGACAGUUUUGUUUGAGGGACCACAUGAAGCAAAACCUGCAAAUGAGAGGUCCUCAGGAGAGCAGCCGUGCUCGCCCAUGGCCUUCAACACAUACACACUCACGCACCAUUUCAGAAUACGUCCUUUUGCCAAUCUUUCUAAGUUUUUUUUUUUUUUU